AUGCCAGGGAGCGGCAGGAAGAAGGAGGCCAGGAGGCUUGCGGCCGUUGCCGAGGCUAAGGCUAAGGCGGCGCAAGAGGGAGCCGCUAUCAAGGCACAACAGGCAAGGAAACCCCAGCCCGCAGCCGUCACCGCCGUCGCCGCACCGGCCGCCGCCGCGACAAUCGCUGGAGCCACCGCUCCGGAAGGGAAGCCGGUGGCAGUUCUCAAGCGGGUUUCGCCAGCUGCUGCUCCCGCUUCUUCGACCGACCCGGCCUCGACAGCCGGCCUGCCGGCGGCAGCGGCGAUGGCGGCGGCGGCGGCGGCUGCACCGGCGUCUUCGUCGGCCUUGAAGCCGGCGGUCACGACGGCGGUUGCGGCUUCUGCGUCAAGCAGUAGUCGUGCUGCUGCUGCCGGCCCGGAGCAUUCGGGAGCCGCCUCAGUCAAGGGGAAGGCGGCCGCGGGGGGUACGGCGGUGGGGGCUGCGGCGGCUGGAACAGGAGUGGUGGAGAGCUACGAAAUGUCGGACCAUGACGGCGACACCUCGGAAAGCGAGAGCGACGAGGAGGAAAUGAGAGAGCGCAGCAGACGAUCGGGAAAGAAGAUCCCGGCGUGGGCGAAAGGCUCGGCGCUGUCGGAAGCCCUGACGAGGCAGUACGCCACGGGUCAGAAGGUGGACCCAGACAAGAUUUUCCCGGAGGUGUUCACUUGUGAUCUCGAGGCCAUAUUCCCGGUGAACAAGAGCAGGUACCAUCGGCGGGGCAGCAGCGCGAACUGGACACCAGACCGCGUUACCCCGCAGGAGGUUCUCACCUACAAGCGGAGCGUGGGGAUCGCGAAAGUGCAGAAACACUAG